CUGUGGGCCGCGCGUCGCUGCUGGACUCGGCCCCGGGUCCCGCCCCUCGGAGCCCCGCCCCGCCUAGCUCCGCCCCUUCGGCUGGGGAGCGACCACGGAGCCGCAGUCCCCAGGCCGCCCUGGGGCGGCCGGCUGGGAACCUCCGGAUGAGGUCUCUUCUCUCUAGGGAUGGUGAAGUUGGAAAAAGGUUCCUUUAACCCUCCUCCAGGAUGAGCCACCUGCCAGAAGACAUGGAAAAUGUUCUUACCGGGAGCCACAGCUCCCAUGCUUCUUUACACAACGUCCAUUCCUUCAACCCCACACAACUCAUGGCCAGGAUUGAAUCCUACGAAGGAAGGGAAAAAAAAGGCAUAUCUGAUGUCAGGAGGACUUUCUGUUUGUUUGUCACCUUUGACCUCUUAUUUGUAACAUUACUGUGGAUAAUAGAAUUAAAUGUGAACGGAGGUAUUGAGAACACGCUGGAGAAGGAGGUGGCGCAGUACGACUACUACUCUUCCUAUUUUGAUAUAUUUCUUUUGGCAGUUUUUCGGUUUAAAGUGUUAAUACUUGCAUAUGCUGUAUGCAGACUGCGCCAUUGGUGGGCAGUAGCGUUGACAACAGCAGUGACCAGUGCCUUUUUAUUAGCAAAAGUGAUCCUUUCAAAGCUGUUCUCACAAGGGGCUUUUGGCUAUGUGCUACCCAUCAUUUCAUUCAUCCUUGCCUGGAUUGAGACAUGGUUCCUGGACUUCAAAGUGUUACCUCAAGAAGCAGAAGAAGAAAACAGACUCCGGAUAGUUCAGGAUGCUUCAGAGAGGGCUGCACUUAUACCCGGUGGCCUUUCUGAUGGUCAGUUUUAUUCCCCCCCGGAAUCUGAAGCAGGAUCUGAAGAGGCUGAAGAAAAACAAGACAGUGAAAAACCACUUUUAGAACUCUGAGUACUACUUUUGUUAAAUGUGAAAAACUCUCAAAGAAAGUCAUCUGAGGAACAAAUGACUGGCCCUGGGGGUCUUUCUAUUGGAAGUUGCGAUGGUGACAUCCCCUGCUGGCGUUACUGAAUAAUAAAGUACUUAUUUAUUGUGAUACCUCACAGACAUUGUACCAUACCCCCACAUACUUAGUUGCCUGCCUUGGCUGGUAAGGUCAUGUCAUGAUCCAUCCUCCAUGUGGUGAGACUGAUGUGUUAAUGAAUAGGUGAAGAAAGUCCUGUGCUAUAAUCCUAAUCAAAAGACUUCUUAAUAUAUUGAAGUAACAGUUUUUUAGUGUGCACAAUACCUUUUUAUUUUGAUUUUGUAGAAUGGAAUUAUUUUGUUUUGUGCCUCAGAUUCAUUUUGUAUUUCUUUUUUAAUACCCUACAUUUCCCUUGUGUUUUUUAACUCAUGAACAUGUGUUCUUUGUACAAUUUUAAAAUGUAAUAAAACCAACAUAUUAAAAUGUUUACUUUUGUGUGUCUAUGUUGCAUUCCGUAUUUGGCCUAAACUAGUAGAAUUACAAAAGGAGAACAAGGCAGGCUUAUAAAAACAUGUAAAGUGACACCAGACGUUUGUAUCAUUUUUAUCAUCAAAUCGUGUUUUCUCUGAGAUUGUUCUGAAAUGUUCCAAGUAUUUCUAUUUUGAACCCACAAAAUUACUGAAGUUGUUGCUGUCAUUUAUUUUUCAUGUUUAGCCAAUUUAGAUUAAAAUGAACUAAGUUA